UCCAUGGAUUUCCCAAAUAUCUCUUGGUACAACGACAGCUAUGAAAACAGGACUCUCAACGGCUCCAGCCUGGAGCAGAAGCCCACCCACUACAACUACUACGCCAUGCUGCUCACUCUCCUCAUCUUUGUCAUCAUCUUCGGCAACGUGCUAGUCUGCAUGGCCGUGUCCAAGGAGAAAGCCCUGCAGACCACCACCAACUACCUGAUUGUUAGCCUUGCUGUGGCUGACCUGCUCGUGGCUACUCUGGUGAUGCCAUGGGUGGUCUACAUGGAGGUGGUCGGUGAGUGGCGCUUCAGCCGCAUCCACUGUGACAUCUUUGUCACCCUGGAUGUGAUGAUGUGCACAGCCAGCAUUCUUAAUCUCUGCGCCAUCAGCAUUGACAGGUACACUGCUGUGGCCAUGCCCAUGCUGUACAACACCCGCUACAGCUCCAAGCGCAGAGUCACUGGGAUGAUAGCCGUGGUAUGGAUCCUCUCCUUCGCCAUCUCCUGUCCUCUGAUGUUUGGCCUGAACAACACAGAGAAGAAUGAGUGUAUCAUUGCCAACCCUGCCUUUGUUGUGUAUUCUUCUAUCGUCUCCUUCUACGUUCCUUUCAUUGUCACCCUGCUGGUGUACGUGCAGAUCUAUAUAGUGUUGCGGAAACGCAGAAAACGGGUCAACACCAAACGCAUCUCCAGCCACGUGGGCCUGGACGCCGACACGCAGGCCCCGUUGAAGGAGAAAUGCACUCACCCAGGAGAUGUCAGGCUCUGCACGCUCCUUGUGAAGAGCAACGGGAGCUUCCCUAUCCACAAGGGCAAAGUGGAGGCCAUGGAUCACAUGGAAGAGAUGGAGAUGGCCACCAGUACCAGCCCACCAAAGAACAAUGUUCAACCACGUCAGCCAAGUGACAUGGAACCAGCUGAGCCAGCUGCUUCCAUCCCCUGUGCCAAUUUAACUCCACCAUCCCCUGAAAACAGCCCCCUCAGCGUGCAGAAGAACGGGCACACCAUAGACAAUUCCAAAACAGCCAAGGUCUUUGAGAUUCAGACGAUGCCCAAUGGCAAAACCAGGACUUCUCUCAAAACUAUGAGCAGAAGGAAAUUUUCACAACAGAAGGAAAAGAAAGCCACUCAAAUGCUUGCCAUUGUGCUUGGUGUUUUCAUCAUCUGUUGGCUCCCUUUCUUCAUCACCCACAUUCUGAACAUGCACUGCAACUGUAAAAUCCCACAAGUCAUGUACAGUGCCUUCACGUGGCUCGGAUACGUGAACAGCGCAGUCAAUCCCAUCAUUUACACCACCUUCAACAUUGAGUUCCGGAAAGCUUUUAUGAAGAUCCUUCAUUGCUAACCUCUGCCUGAGGAGUCAGUUGUCUGAAUCUCCUGGCCAGAUUAAGGCUGUGUGUUGGAGCACCCAGUUUGAGAGUGCCAUGCCAAUAUAUUUUUACAACUGGAAUACCGCAGCUGUCAUGGUCCAAGGUUGCCUUGUGCUCAGGGAAGCAUUGAAACUCGGAUGGGAGAGUUUGCUUCAAAUGCAACCUUCUGCUGAAAGGAAGAAGCCAGCAAGCCAAGUCUGACCACCAACGGUUGCAUGGGAUCAAGACGAUCUCCAUGGGAGCCAUCACCGAUUUUAGCUGAGCUCAAGAAGGAGAGACCAUGACUUGCUCACGCCUUGCUCUUAUGGUCCAUUUCUCACCAAAGAUACACCCGUUCUUGUCUGCUUCGCACCAGGAGGAGGACUCCUUCUUCGAGGAAGAAACAGCUUUCCCAGGAAUCGUCUCCGUUGGCGUUGCCUUCAGACUUCAGGGACACUGUGGGGUCCAUCAAACUGCUGAGGCUAAAUCAUGCUGCUGCUGUCAAGGCUUAGAGUAGUUGCCACACCAUUGCCACCAGACAUGUGAAAGGGAAGGGGAGGAGGUUGUGAGAGAAUGAAAUCUCAGGGUGGAGGGGAGGAGAAGCGAGAAUGUUUAUUUAUGCGAUGCCAAUGUACAUACAAUUAAACAGAAUGAACUGAGCAGAAGCCCAAGCCAAAAAAAAAGAAGUGAUAACCAAUCGAUCUCGUUUUGCAUGGAAUGCAUUGUAAUUAAAAAGCCAUCGCUGCUCACGUACACCAGCAUAUGUGGUUGACAGCAACGUCUCCGAUGCCAGGAAUGCAUUUUGUGGAGAACUAAUCAGAUCUGACAGGGAAGGAAGGAAGGAAGGAAGGAUGGAUGGAUGGAAAGAUAUGGACUACAAGGUCCUUGUCAGGCACUUCAUACGGAACUGAUGUCUGGAGAAAUCUCAACCAAGCCAAAGUGUUAGCUCAAAGGUAGACUAUGUGGUUUGCAUACAUGCAGAAGAUCCAUGUUAACCCCAAGUUAAAACCCCAUGGACUUAAAAGAAUCCAUUAACACAUGGAGAAGAAAAUUGUCUCUCUGAAAUUCCAAGAAAAUUCCUCCCAGUAAGAGGAGGAGAUCUUGGCUCUUUAAGUGUAAGGUAGAUCUGUUAAGACAACAAGCCAUCUUUUGAAUGACCUGUGAUUAGAAGGCAUGCAAAGGAUGGUCUUUCCUCACUCUCCUGGCUUAGGCUUACCUUAUCUGGGCUGUAAAAACCCACUAGAAGACAAUAAAGAGAGUUUCCUGGUGGUGUUUUUCUUUUUUCUUUUACAAACCAUAUAUGGUUCUCUUUGUUCUAGGCCAGGGGUGUCAAACUCAAAGCCCGUGGGUCGAAUCCAGCCCGUGGGGUGCUUAGAUCUGGCCCGUGGGGCCACCCUGGAAGCAACAAAGGACUGUUUCCGACUGUGACAGAGGAGGCCAUUGGCUGCGUGUGGCCCUCCCGAGCUCUGUUUUCUCUGGCAGAGGGCUGCAGGAGGAUCCAAGACCCCCACCACAGGUGCCCCUGACACGAGUGAUGUUGAGCUGGCCACGCCAACCCUGGCCACGCCAACCCAGCCCUCCCCGAGGUCAAACACAACCCUGAUGCGGCCCUCAAGGAAAUUGAGUUUGACUUUGACCCCCCCUUGUUCUAGACUAUUCCAGACUAUCCUAGAUGUCCUGGGGCAUCUGUAGGAAGGAAGACUAGAAGGGGUGACACAGAUGGAGAGCCCUGGUCCUCAAUGUUGUAAUGUACCCUACAUCUCUUGGGUGAUCAGAAAAGCUCCAGCUUGCAUCAUCUGCGCUGCUUGGUGGGCACCCCUGUUGAGACAGGUGACACAGACCGGUGUGUUUCCGGAUUCCAUCUGUGUUGUUCCCAACAGAAACAAGUGCAGCUUUGCAAGUCAACCCACGCAGGAGAAAAAAGUCAUUGGAAAGGUUAUUUUGAUGAAGCUGCAUCAGACAUGAUUUUUGUCUGGCGUGCUGCCUUCACUCCUGUCAAGAUUGUAUUUCCCUUAAAGCAGAACAUCUGGGCCUUGGUCUUUUCAAGAAGCUUUUCAGGGAAAAAAAAAAGAGACUCAUUUUCUUCAGGGCAGCAAAAUCUAUAUAACACAGUUCCAGGUUGAAGGAAUUUUAUUUUGUUUUUGUUUUCUCGCUCUCUCUCUCCCAGAUCUUCUGUUAAAUUUUAAAAGGUAUUGACAUCCUUCUUUGACUUUCCUGAAAUAUACUUCUGGCAAUUUCUUAGGGAAACCAAAUAAAGUCCACAUAGAUCAUCUUCCUUGUAUUUCUAUCUUGAAUGCUCAUGUGAUAGCCAGGUCUCCUUAAAUGUCUUACCUUUUCUCUACAAAAAUGGUGACGUGAGUAAUUCCAGAUAGUCUCUGGUCAGUUAGCUCUGGUUGGGAUGGUGGGAGAACCACUUACUGCUGAAACCUUGUCAACGUCUCCCUCUAGGACAAAUAAACCAUCGUCAAGUCAUCAGCGAGAAUGGUCAGCCCAUCUGCGGACA